GAAAUAUUCCACAUGCCCUGACUGUUGACAUUUCAUUUUUUGUCUCAUUAAACUUUUGAUGGGUCUCGUAAUUAAUAUAAUUAUCAGCAUGAUCUCCAUUAAAUUGUGUACUUAGAACGAAGAAAGUGGGGUGAAGACUUUCUAUAUAAGAAUCUCCAAAAUUAUCAAUGAUCAUUAUCAACGAUAAAAUGCAGUUCUAUGUACUGCUCGCUGCUUUCGCAGCUUUUUCCAUCAGCCAGACCGAUGCGGUGAUUGACAGAAUGGUGGACUGGGUAAAGGAUACUAUUAAUGAAACUGAAAUAUCUCUAGAUGAAUACAGUACUGCUCAGCUAGACAAUACCUAUCGGAUCUUUACAGAUUAUCACGAUAAUCUGAAAUCAAAUGCAUCUGCCAGUAUUGAAUACCAAAACCAACCGGUUGCAGAAGAUUUUACAGCAGCUGCAGCAGCCGGAAAAGACGUGGACAAAUGUCGUAGGUCUUUAGAUGAAACAUUAAAGUCUUCUUUGGCAAAGCAGAUCUCGAAAAUCGAUCGAUGCUUCCGCAAAUAUGUGUUUGAUUUUAAAUACCUGGAAGACGAGAUCAAUCAGUUACAUACCAAAGGCAAGGAGUUACAGGAAAAUCUGAAUGAAAUCCUCGAGAUAUGUGAAGAGAAACCGUCUAGACAAUUGUGUCUUUCUGUGCGUAUACCACGAGUCAAGCUUUCUGUUAUAACUUGGAAAAGCCGAGUGGGAAGAGCGCACAGAACAGACGAAAGACUGACGUAUACCGCCGAUAAGAAAAUUCCAAAAUGCGUAAAUCCAUUGUUGAUUGAAUUCAAACAGAAGUUACGAGCAAUUAAUAUUGGUGCGAAGCGGUGUAUCGCUGGUUCAGCUGUGAUAUCUACAACCACCAUUGCACCAGCAGCCACAGAGAAAUCUAAGGCCCCAGAGGAAAUUGUUGUUACAGAGAAGUCUGUAGCAACUGUGAAACCUAUCGUACCUGAGGUACCUGCAGUUACUCAAAAAUCUGUCGUCACUGAGAAAUCUGCAGCCACAGGAGAAUCCGUUGUCACGGAGAAAUCUACAGUCACGGCUGAACCUGCUGUUACAGAUAAAUCUGCAGCCGCAGCAGAAUCUGCUGUUACAGAUAAAUCUGCAGCCGCAGCAGAACCUGUUGUUACAGAUAAAUCUGCAGCCGCAGCAGAAUCUGCUGUUACGGAUAAAUCUGCAGCCGCAGCAGGACCUGUUGUCACGGAGAAAUCUGCAGUCACAGUAGAACCCGCGGUUACAGAUAAAUCUGCAGCCACACCAGCACCCGUUGUUACGGAGAAAUCUGUAGUCACCCCAGAACCUGUGGUUGCAGAUAAAUCUGCAGCCGCAGCAGAAUCUGUUGUUACAGAUAAAUCUGCAGCCGCAGUAGAAUCUGUUGUUACAGAUAAAUCUGCAGCCACACCAGAUUCUGUUACAGAUAAAUCUCCAGUCAAAGCAAAAUAGAUAGUACAAUUAAGAAAAAAAUCACU